AUGAGUACCGAUCUAUCCAAAAAGAAGGGAAAGGGUUCGGGCGACAGAAAAGGCAAGAGAAGAACAAAAAGAAAGGAGACUUACGCUAUGUAUAUCUACAAAGUUUUGAAGCAGGUUCAUCCGGACACGGGCAUUUCCAGCAAAGCCAUGAGCAUCAUGAACUCCUUCGUGAACGACCUGUUCGAGAGGAUCGCCACGGAAGCGUCCCGGCUGGCGCAGUACAACAAGCGCUCCACCAUCACCAGCCGGGAGGUGCAGACCGCCGUGCGGCUGCUGCUGCCCGGCGAGCUGGCCAAGCACGCCGUGUCCGAGGGCACCAAGGCCGUCACCAAGUACACCAGCUCCAAGUAG